AUGGUAACUCUUCUGAAUGACAGGGUCAACAGUGUGUCCAUGAACAAAGUCCAGAGAAUGCUGCAGCAGGGACAUGAUGAGUGGUACGUGGAGCGCCGUGACCUGUACCAGACUCUCCUGUACGAAGCCCACACAGCUGGAUCUGCAUCGUAUCAGAAGAGCAUCCUGUCCUUUGUCAAAGCUGCUGGUACUUAUACCCCUCCCCUGCCCCGGACUCCCCUUCCUUGUGCCCGUGUGCUGAGGUCCUUAAAAAGAUGUAUGGUGAUGGCCAGGGCACCAUGCAGUAUGUCACCUCUGAACGAGUGGGGGCAGUUCUUGACCACAGUGGUGGUGGCAGCUGAGUCUGAGGGGUGCUACAGACGCAUGGCCAAAGGUCUGAUGACCCGCUUUGAACGAGCUAGGGCUCCUGCACCAACUGUCAUAUAUGCAGAUAACAACUGUUGUCGUGACAGUGGUUCGUCCUUCCUGGAGAAUCUUUUCAGGGACUGGGUGCAGAAGGGCACUGUGGUCAGACUGGACAUCCGACACUGGCUGCACCGCUGGGGGGCUGUUGUCAUCAAACAAAGCCAUGCCAAGUAUGGGGUGUUCAUGAGUGCCCUUGCAGGUGCAGUGCUGGCCUACUACAAGGACGAUAUGAUGCUCCUAAUCCAGGCAGUCAGGAAGGGCAACCAGGAGUUGUAUGCCAGUCUUUCAGACGAGGACAUGAUAGCCUUCCUCAAACCUCACCAGAUCAGGUCCUAUGUCAGACGGAUCACCUGUGGAGUUGAGGAGACAGCUUCAGCAAUUGAGUCCAUCAUUACGGAGUUCAAUGGACCUGCAGGCCUUGACAUUGAUGGAAUCCACCUGUUCAAAUCAGCACAGGCAGUGAAUUCUCACAGGGCAACUGCAAGCAAGCAUCUUAGUUGUAUGCAGGACCCCCCUGGUAUACAGCUGUAUGUGUCAGUGAAGGUGGUGGUGCUGAAUGGUGUCCGCCUGAACAAGUACAGGUGUCAGCGAGGCAGUAACUCCUUGGAGGGCUUGCACUCACACCUGUACAAUGCCAUUCCCUCAGAGAUGUGGAGUUAUGCCAUUCCAAUUUCUGAUGUACAAUAA